AACUCUCACAAACUUCGGCAACGUACCGUCGGUAUACCGUCGGCUGUUCGUUCACCUUGUGGGGAGACGAAUCACACCAUCAAGUUGUCCACAAUACGUUGUAAACCCGGUCGUAAUCGAACUUUUGAAACGGACUCUCCAUCACGACCAGGGUCGACAGAGGUCGUUGCUGCUAUUGUCUUUCACCAACAGCGGUGUUCUCCGCCACGCUGUAACGAUGGGUAUCUUUCGACCAGCCGGUGUGACAUACUGCGAUCCGGAGCUCGUAUAUGACACUCAUAUCCUUUUCACCGGCGCUGAUGGCGUCACGCGCCUGAUCGAUAUCAACGGCGACGUUGUUCGCGAGUGGCCAUACCCAGGUGUGCCUCCACGAAUCCUUGAUCCCGCUCUCACAGGCGGUCAGAAAGGUGAAAUAGCAUUUCAACUAUCAGAGAGCGGCGAUGCACGGGGCGGGAUAUACGCAAAUGGCACCAUAGGUCGACUGGACUGGGAUGGUAAGCGAUUGUGGGAGUGGGGUAGCGAGGCGCCUGGCGGUGCUGCACGGCAGAAUCACGACUGGCAACUGCUUCCCAGUGGCAACUGGUUGCUUCUCAUCACAGUUCCACGCGUGGUGAAUGAUCUUGGUCCGCAUGUCAUUGGAGAUCAGGGUCUCGUUGAAGUCAAUCCGGACGGGAAGGUCGCAUGGAGAUGGAGUUCUGGUGAUCACUUAUCUGAGCUCGGGCUGUCGGAGCAGGGUUGGGAAUUGCUGCGCGAAGCGGUCGCACGCGAUCCCGGGAAUUCGUGGGGAUGUCUGGAGAUGAAUAGCGCGACAACGCUGGGCUCGAACAAAUGGUUCGACGAGGAUUCGGCGACGAAUUCUAUCUUCCAUCCCGACAAUAUCAUCAUCAGCUUUCGCAAAGCCAACGUGGUCGCCAUAAUUCAGAAGUCGUCAGGCAACCUGGUCUGGCGAUUAGGACCGUAUUUUGACGAGAAGUCGGGUGAGCAGCACGAGCGCAUAUUGAGGCAUAACUUACCUCGUCCUCUGGACCAGAUUUCAGGACAGCAUAACCCGCAUUUCAUUCCUAAGGGUCUGCCUGGAGCAGGGAAUAUCCUCCUCUUCGACUGUCAAGGUGGAGCUGGCUAUCCUCCAGCCUCCCUGGGGAUCUAUGCUGGUUCGCGAGUUCUCGAGGUCGACCCAACCACCAAAGAGAUUGUAUGGCAAUAUACUGCGGAAGACUCGGGCUUGCCACCCUGGACAUUCUUCAGCUCAUUUGUUAGCAAUGCCCAGCGUGUUCCGAAUGGUAACACUCUCAUCACAGAAGGUAUGCAAGGACGAUUGUUCCAAGUUACGUCCACGGGGAAGGUGGCCUGGGAAUACUAUGCACCGUAUACUGGACUCGGUGUUGCUGGUGAACCUGAGGUCAGUAAGCCACGAGUUCCUGGAGUGGAUAGGCUCAGUACCACGCCGCUUGUGUACCGGUCUCAGGCCGUACCUGGCGAAUGGUUACCAGAUUCCGUGGCGAAACCAAACCCGGUGAGGAUCCAAAAACGAUUACAUGUCGAUUAGACAAGAUAUCAAGGGGUGUUUAGAGGUGUUUAGGAUGUAGAACUCAAAAUGUUGUUGACAUGGACCCUGUGUCUUUCCUCCGUAGUCCUUCAGGGUGGAAGUUUGAUUCCUGACCUGUCUUUUCCUUGUGCUCCGUUUCGGCGUGCAGCGUCUUCAAGCUAGUAGUGAUACAAGAAUAAAAAGAGAUAUUGAUCUUCUUUCAGCUCCUGGUGACG